GGUAAUGAUUGAUGCUGCCGUUUAUGCCAUAUCUCCGAUGAACCGCAGGCUACAUCGCGCGGCUGUCAUGGUUAUUUUAGCGGAUCUGUACAGAAAUAUUUUCCUCCUCUAGUUCAGUUGACACACACACACACGAGCCUCUCCGCGUGCAGAGGGCUCGCGACCAGCUGUGCGACGCGGCGCUGCCUCCCGGUCGAGCGGCGGCAGGACGAUGGCACUGCGUUGGACGGUCUCUCUGUAUUUGUCCUCGGUGAUCUAUUAAGAUUUUAAUUAGCUGGUAACAUAACAUACGUUUGACGUUUACGACGGGCUGAUGUGGGAGCGACCAUAAACGCACCGCUCUGAUUAUGGAAAAGGAGUCCAGGUUUGAAGACCUCUGAUCAAAUUGGCUCCACGGCCUGCCAGGCAGCCAAUCAGAUACCAGCCAGGCUCACCAAGGGGGGAGACCAGCAGUGAGACUGGAAGACCCUCUUACCGCACCCACAGUGCUUCACCCAUCCAACUCCAUCGUCACCACCAUGUCUAUACCCAGCAGCAGCCCAGAAAGAGAGUGCUCUAGUGGGGCUCCCCCUCAGCUAGAGUGCCCAUCUUCCCCUCCCGGCAUGGACCCAGACCCACCAUCAACUGGGAGCCCAGUGCUCAGCCCAGACUCAUCUUCCCAUGAUGCAGUGCUGUCUGCACCGGCGGCCUCCCCAGCAGACUCAGAGAACCUGAGUCCUGAUGAACUGGAGCUGCUGGCCAAAUUGGAGGAGCAGAACAGGUUGCUGGAGGCUGAUUCCAAAUCCAUGCGGUCGAUGAGCGGUUCGCGGCGCAACAGUGGCUCCUCACUAGUGUCCAGCUCCUCAGCCUCCUCCAACCUGUCACACCUGGAGGAGGAUACCUGGAUCCUGUGGGGCCGCAUCGUCAACGAGUGGGAAGAGUGGAGGCGCAAGAAGGACAAACUCCUGAAGGAGUUGAUCAGGAAGGGCAUCCCUCACCAUUUCCGGGCCAUCGUGUGGCAGUUGCUGGGCAACGCCACUGACAUGCCAGUGAAGAACCAAUACUCAGAGCUGCUAAAGAUGUCAUCGCCCUGUGAGAAGCUCAUCCGCAGAGACAUCGCCCGCACCUACCCCGAGCAUGAGUUCUUCAAAGGGCAGGACAGCCUGGGGCAGGAGGUCCUCUUCAACGUCAUGAAGGCGUACUCUCUGGUGGAUCGAGAGGUGGGCUACUGCCAAGGCAGUGCAUUCAUUGUUGGUCUGCUGCUUAUGCAGAUGCCCGAGGAGGAGGCGUUUUGUGUUUUUGUGCGCCUGAUGCAGGAGUACCGUCUAAGGGAGCUGUUCAAACCCAGCAUGGCUGAACUGGGCCUCUGCAUCUACCAGUUUGAGUAUCUGCUACAGGAGCAACUUCCAGAGCUGAACGUCCAUUUUCGAUCCCAGAGUUUCCACACAUCUAUGUAUGCCUCUUCCUGGUUUCUCACCCUUUUCCUCACCUUCCUUCCCCUGCCUGUCGCCACGCGCAUCUUCGAUAUUUUCAUGUAUGAGGGUCUAGAGAUUAUCUUCCGUGUGGGCCUGGCCAUCCUGCAGUACAACCAGACUGACCUCAUUCAGCUGGACAUGGAGGGCAUGUCCCAGCAUUUCCAGAAGGUGAUCCCCCACCAGUUUGACAGCUGCCCAGACAAGCUGAUCCUCAGGGCCUACCAGGUCAAAUACAACCCCAAGAGGAUGAAGAAACUUGAGAAAGAAUACACCACGAUCAAGAACAAGGAAAUGGAGGAGCAAAUUGAGAUCAAGAGGUUACGCACAGAAAACAGGCUGCUAAAGCAGAGGAUUGAGACGCUGGAGAAGGAGAGUGCCGCUCUUGCAGACAGACUGAUACAGGGUCAGGUGACGAGGGCGCAGGAAGCAGAGGAGAACUACGUGAUCAAGCGGGAGCUGGCGGUGGUGAGGCAGCAGUGCAACACAGCCAGCGAGAGCCUCGAGAAGGCGCAGGACACCAUCAGAGAGCUGCAGCAACAGAAGUACACAGAUCAGUUUGUGAGCUCCCUGCAGACCCAGCUGGAGCAGUCCAGACUGCGCGAGGCCGAACUGCUGGGAGCGCUGAAGGAAAUGCAAGACAAGGUCCUCGACCUGGAGAAGAGAAGCACGUGCCUGCCUGAUGAGAACAACAUGGCGGCUCUGCAGGAGGAGGUGAAGCAGAUGAAGCUGAGAGAGCUGGAGACCCUGCGUUCAUUCAGAGAAAUGCAGGACACUGUCACUGAUCUCAACCAACGCUGGCAGCAUCACAUGUCCCGUGGCAGCAGCACAGGUGGCGGGGGCGGCCACUGGAAAGAAUCCCCGAAAAAGAACGCCAUGAACGAGCUGCAGGACAAACUGAUGACAGUCAGGCUGAGGGAGGCCCAGGCUCAGGCUGAGCUCCGAGAGGUCAAGCUCAAAGCCCUGCAGCUGGAGAGCCAGAACCAGAUCCACAGCAAGCUGAUUGGUCGCAAUGAUCAGGAACGCUCCGCCUUGCAGGACCGGCUCCAGAUGUUGGCCAAUCAGAACAAAGCUCUCCAGGCCCAGCUCAACGAGAUGAAAAGGAAGCAGGCCGAGUCUGACUGCAAGAGUAAAGAGGAGGUGAUGGCGGUGCGACUGAGGGAAGCAGACAGUAUGGCUGCCAUGGCUGAACUCAGGCAGAAGAUCGCUGAUCUCGAGAUACAGAAAGAGGAGGGGCUGAUCCAGGGCCAGCUGAACCACUCAGACUCCAGACAGUACAUCAACCAGCUCCGGGACCAGAUCGCUGAGCUCAAGAAUGAGGUCAGGCAAUUACGAGGGCAGAAGGCGGCCCCCAGCAGUGGAGGUGGAAGUACCAACUAUCAGGAUCUCUGUCUGGCUAGUCCCGCCUCUGCUGAGGGGGACUACCUGAGCUCAGACGAGGACCUCCUCCCGAGCCCACUGCCUCCCAGCGCUCUUUACCCCAGCCUGUCUGGCCCGUGUCACCCAUCUGCCCGCCUCGACAGCGAGGGCAGCACGGACAGCGAGGCAGAGGAGCGGGUUCUGACACACCCGGACCCACAGCAGCUGUAUGGCAGCAUGGUGUGCGCCGAGGCGCUGGAUAACUGAAACCUGCACAGGGUGUGUCGGUUUAAUUGGAUUUCUUUGAGCUAAAGAGACGCUGGAGCUUCUACUGUAAACUGGGGCUGUAUUAUCCAAUCCAGUCCUCCUCCUCGGCUUUUCCAGUGUUUACCGUUAACUUGAUGCAGAGAUUGUGGCAUUGAUUGGACCUCUUCUGAUCAUCAACCCGUGAUCUCUCUGCUCCUACUGUCUCCACCACCUUGUUCCCCACACUGUCCAAUCCUUUGUCCCCUGACGAAGAGGUAAUGUAAAGCCUCCUUCCUUGUUCCCACGUGUAACCGUGCCAGAAAGAAUCCAAACACAAACAUAUGACACACAAACAGACAAAACAGACUAAAACUGGACCAGCAAGACUGUUGUUGCCUCUUGCUGCUCAAGAUCGACCACUGGACCUGAACCUGUGACUGUGACGAGGAGUGAAACAUGGGUAGACAGAAAAUAAGUAUUCCCUCUCUAUAAACUGAGUGAUAGACACUUGACACACUGUAUGCUCUGUCUACCCUUAUAUGACUCUCCUUCCUGAUUGGUUCAGAGUUAAAUAGAUCCUUAUCCUCUCUUUUCCCUUUUUAUGCUCUCAUUAGGAAGACCAACACAAAAAAAAUCCUUCUAUCAGCCAUCCAUUUACCUCUCAGUAGACCAAGUGUUAAAGUAAAACAUUUAUGGUGGUGAGUAUGAGAAGGAGAGGUGCAGUGUAGGAAUAUGUACACAUCAAACAGGCAUUCAUUAAUGACUCAUGAACACUUUAACAAACUAAAUAUAUGUGUUGUCUGUGGCUGGCAGACGACAAGAAACCAAGCGAGUUAAUACAACAGCUCAUUUCAAAACAUAUUCACCCACAAAACAAGGAAGGAAGAAACUCAAUGUUGCCAAAUCUUUUGUUUUGUUUUGUUUUAAUUAUUUAUAUGUUGUAAUUUAUUUUGAUAUUUUUUUUAUUUUAUUUUUUAUAUAUCUGUAUGAAACUAUAGGAGUGUAGAGAUACCGACAGAGGCCAAACUUUGUACACCGUCCUUUGUGCCAACUAGUCGUCUGUUACAGGUUCACUGUGACACUGAUUGUUUCAAAGACAGGAAAUGUGCUGCUAUGAUUUUGGAUUUACUUCUUCCAUUUUGUUUUUUCUGUUCCCUUUUGUCUGUGUAAUCUUCGUGAGGUGAACAUGUAACCUCCUGGUAACUCUGCCAUAGAUUAGGGUGACAACAACUGUGCAGACUGAUCAGAUAUGAAAACUGAGCAGCUGAACUCGAUUACUCCCUGGAGCUUCAUUUAGCAAUGAUGGGAACAAUUUGGUUUUCUUAAAAGCCAAUCAUGAUCAUUGUGUAUGUGUGAGUUAAAGCAAUAGUUUGACAUUUUAUAACAUGUAUUUGCUUUCCUGCUGAGAGUUAAAUGAGAAGUCUGACACCACUCACUUAGCUUAGCUGGGCAUAGAGAUUUCCUGUGCACAGUCAAGAAAAAGUCCCGCUCGUAAACUUGUGGUUACAUAGUUUUUGGACGAGGCUACAGAGCUGUAUUGUGGACACAAUUGUGGUACAAUGGUAAAUGCUAAAAUAAAGAGGGCGAAUUUACAAAGAAUAGAUUGUGGCGACUGAAAGCACCAUGAAUUGCGCAUCACUUGCAACUGCAAUCUGCCCCAUCUCAAGGUCCAAUUCACAAACUUUUGCAUCUUAUUGCAAUUAUCCGUGUUGAAGAGCAUAAAUGUUGUGGCAAGUACACAGUAGGCAGGACAUUGACAGAGAGACAAAGAAAUUUGAAAUGUUCAGACUGUAAGCUGCAGGUCUUGACCAAUGAGGUGCGGAGGUAUUCCUCAAAACUUUAGGCAAGGAAUUUAAAUGUGCCUGAGAGAAGCUGUAAAUGGGAUUAAAAAUCCCAGUCUGUCAGUGCUGUUAGCGUUUUUAAACGCACAUGCCUGGCCUGCCAUGAUCACUGGAAAAUCUGGGCAUGACACCGCUUAUAAAUGCACUUCACUUAAUACCAUCUCUUUUAAAGACACUAAUAAAUUCACUGUCACUGCGUCUGGCUAUAAGCACUGAUAUUUGUAAUUUGUACUCUUACAUUUUCUGAUAGAAAAUGGCUGACUUUGCACCAAAUGUGUGCAUAGCCUAUUACCUAAUUUAAAACCUUGCAAACAGCACAGGAGCGCCGAGAGGCGAUUUGCUUUGCAGCACAGUUAGGGGUGCAUUUCAUCCUUUAAAUGUGCUUUGAGAAUUACAGAGCUUGUUUUCGUCUUAUUUGCGCAGGAUUAGCACAAUGAGGAAAGGAUCAUAAGGCCACUGAACUGAUGUCAAUUAAAGCUACAAAUACAGUGCGAUACCUACCAAAAGUUUGCUAACAUUAGCUAACAUUAUUAGCAACUAGUCAUACCAGGUUGACUCUCUGGAUGUAGACUCUGGCAAAAAGUCUUCUAUUGGGGGGUUAUUAUUGGGGGGGGGGGGGGUUCUGAUCCCCGGACCGCCUGACUCCCCUCCAGACCAGUAACCUUUCUGGUGCAGCUGUCAUUGGAGCCACUCUCCUCCUAGUGAGUCUCCUGUAUAGCAAGAGCUAACACAGCAUCAGGGCUGACACCCAACUCUGAGGUGUUCAAAAGUCCCAACAAACUCAACACUAAUACCGAAAUAGCUAGACUCUGUCACUAAACCCUUUAAUAAUUGUUAGGUAUGUUACCCAUGUGAUGCUAACAGUUAGCCUUGUCACCAUGUGUGUUCCCACAACACUGUUUUGCAAGGACCCUGUUUCUGCAUACUGGGCUCAGCGCGGCCCAGGACGAUUGUGAUUGGUUUACAGAAAUGCAAAAAAUCCAGAGCAUUUUUCAUCUAAAGCAGAAUGGUAAUAUGGUGAUUUCAGACCUUUCUCAAGUGGUGACACAGUGAAGAUAAGUCUGGCUACGUGAGACUAUACAAGGCCAAGUGAAGCUGUAAAAACCCUGAUAGUACUGAAUUGGACAAACCUUUUUUUAGGGUAUUUUUAUUGCUAUUUAAUUCAACUUUUAACUUGAAAAAGGAAGAGUUUAUUUUCUCUUUAAAGUGACAGUUUCUUUAGUCGCUUUCAACAAACAUAUGUUAGUUAGCGUUAGCUCUUUGGGCAGAGCCAGGCUAGCUGUUUACCUCUGUUUCCAGUCUUUAUGCUAAGCUAAGAUCUUCAUAUGUAACAAACAGACGUCAAAAGUGGUGUCAGUCCUCUCAGUGUAUUUCCCAAAAUGUCAAACAAUUCCUUUAAUUAUCAGUGUCCCAUACAAGCCAAAAGAAAUCCAGGUAACAGUGCCGAUCUGGAAUCACCAGUUCAUGUGCUCAUAUCACUUUUUGACAGCUAAAACUGCAGCAUGUGGGCCGAUGAAAGUGGAAGGAGUGGUUAACAUCAUAAGGAUGCCAACAGGUAGUGUGUGGGUGGAAAAUAUUUUACAUAUCAAACAUUAAUAUAUUCUGUGUAGAAAAAAGGUGUAAAAUGUAUGGAGAGAUAUGAAAUAUACAGUGUUACAGGAACAAAAGUAUGUAGAUAAGAUUUAAAGCUGUAUCACUGUCAGUCACGUCUUACUGAAGGUGGUGAGUGUGUAUAGUUUUAUCAAACAGGGUGUCAUAUGUAGAGCAGUGAUCUGCUUUUUGCACUACAGGGAAAGUGGAAGUCUCUGCUCAUGACAUUAAGCAGUGAGAGAUGGUGUGGAUGAAUGGAUUCUUGGUGGGAUCAUUUCUUAUUAUAUUCAGCUCUCCUGCGGGACCUUGACGUUAUCUGAGUGCUUUGCUCUGAGAUUAUCCAUCCUGACUUUGUAUCGUGCUUCAUUAUUCCUCAGACAGAUGUCGAAGGAUUUUCUCUAAAUUCUCUUAAAGCCCACUUUCAUCACUAACAUUUCCGUGCAAUACAAAUGAAGGAAUGGUAAAGGAGGGAAUUAUUGCCAUGUUUGAAGAAAUAAGGAAAUUGGAUUUUCCAGUAAUGGCCAUCAAAGAGCUAAAGAGGAUGUUGGUUUGCCCACCAUACUGUUGCAGGUAACAGCCUUUUAGUGGUCAUUGGUGGAUGGAGCAACUAAAAUCUCUACACUGGAGUCAGUGUUUGGAUAUCGUCAAACUAAAUGAGCGUUGUACGAAUGGUUUCAAUUGAGUUCCCUCUAGUUCGUAGUAUGUACAGAUUGGCAUUGGCUCUGUCGAGCAUGAAAUUUAGGCCCUUAUUUACUUUGGGUCAUAACUGGCUGAAUUUCUCUCAAAGUUAUAAUCCUUGAGAUUUUUAUUCUGUAAUUUUCUUAAAUUUUUGCUAGCAAUAGCUAUUCAAUGCAUUUACAUUCAGUAAGUGCCUUGCUAUAUAGUUAAUUUUCAGUGUAAGUAUUCGAUCUGACAUUCACAUCCUUUUCAUGCAUGCCAUGAUUGGCCAGCUGUGCAGAGGUAAGAAAGUAAAUUGGGUUUGAAAUUCAUUCUGUCACUCUUAAUGUGUAUGCACACAACUGGAUAUUUACCUGGACAAUGUCAAGGUUGGGUGGUUUAAACAGCUAUAAACACUUCUAGUGCUAAUUGCUUGACCCUUAAUCUACAUUCAAAUCAAGGGGCUUAAUACUCAAGUUUAUCCCCAGAUCAGAUUUUUCUGCCUAGACUAUUCACAUUUAUGUUUGAAGUGACACAUAGCCUAUCUGACAUCAGUGUUACAGGAUAUCUGCCGCUUAAACACCUCAAGUGACCAAUAACUUCACACACAUAGAACACCAACAAAAACCAUGACAUUUGCCAAACAGACAUGGAGGAAACAUGAAUGACAUAGUGGUGCAUAGAGGUUCAUGUCUUCAAUGAUUUGUAUGGCAAUUCCUCAUAUGUUGAGGAGGGCACUGCCCACUUUUCUGUGAUCGACAUUUUUCAGACGAUCGAGGUGUAGGGAUCAUGAACAGUCAGAACAGUGGCAUGAGGGUGAGAAGACGAAGGUACGCAAUGCCGUAGCUUUGUUAGCAUUGCUGGUAGUUACGUGGCGAUAGAGUUGUGGGAGCAGGGGGAGUCAGGAGUGGUGGGGCCGCGAUGCCGAGGGUUUCAUGGAGUAACAGUUCUUCCAAACCUUAGGAUGUCCAGGGCUACAUUCCAAUGUCGGCGCCUCACGACAAUGCUAUCAUGGCAUGUAGGCAACCAACCGUUCCGACACUAUGCGGUGAGUGAUCUCUACCUGUGCAGUGAAGCAUGGCAUGGAAAAACCAUGAAUGUAUGGGAAAAACAUACGUGAAUUUCCGAUAUCUCUCACAUUGGUUGCAAGGCCAUGUAUCGGAUAUGUAUCAGAUCUAGAUCUACAUAUGGAAGUGGUCCAGAUCUGAUUGAAAUAAAUCAGAUAUCUGUGUCCAUACUGCUCUGAAAGAAUCAGAUUUGGGCCACAUUGGCUUGUAAUGUGAACGUAGCCAUACACGUCUUAAUCAAAACAUUGUGAAGCAAUAGAUCUUCUCAGCCCAUGAUUUGUUUGGCUGCACUGUAAACAAAUGGACAACUUCUUCUGUUUAAUUUCUGACAGAGUAACCACAAAGCAUGUUUCAAACUGAUCUCUUGGAGUCAUAUCAUUAAAAGGUAUUUGCCAAUUCCACCACUAACUGCGGGUGUAGCCAGAUCUACCAUGACAAAAUUCGCAAGGAUUAUAACUUUGAUGUUUCAGCUUGGAUUUCAGUCAAAAAAAUAAGAGUGCAUAGAAUAAUUGUAGGAAUCUGUCAUUCAGGACUGAGUAUCGGUUUCCUUUCCAAAAUUAACCCUAACUGGACUCAGAGCAAUGCUCAGUGUCCUUCAACACAUCUGUACACUGCUGUCCAGUGAUGGUGCUCUGUUCUCACCACUGUCUACAUACAACUCUAUCUACUGUGACGAAACAUUUUGAUAUGUUUGUAAAUUACUUUUUGAAUAUGGUACUAGCUCUCAUCCUUAAUAUUAUUUUUAUAAUUACCAUCAGUACUUCGGUUUCUCCUGCUAACAGCAUUACACGAGACCAUAAUGAUCAAACAUCAUAAUGUGCCAUAAAGGUAGGUAGAUUUACACACUAUGCUAAAUGACUUCAUGUAUGUUUAACGAGGGUUUCAUCGACUAGUCGGCCACUACAGCCCUUCAUUAAACAGCCAUGUAAUAUAAAGUCAGUGAUGUGUGGACUGAAAUACACUCACACUGUGUUCCUCCAGAUUUAUCAUCUUGAACCUGGAACGUACACACUCGUUUUCCCUGAUUUAAAGCAGGAAAUAAGACAAUGCAGUGCAAAACAGUGUGUCACAAGAUUCAAAGAAGGCACUGUUCCAGCUGGUUAGUCAGGUGUAGGAUUUAUCAGAAUUAUGUGCUGUAUGUGACAGCUGUUUGAUAUCCACAGCAUCAUACCCAGGAAACCUUGUCCACCCUCUCUCUUUCUGUCUUGCAAUUCAACUGAUGUUGUUAUCAAAUAUAUUAAAUGACAGUAAAGAUUAUAUAAAUUCCAGUAUGAUGGGGGAAAAAAUACAUUUCAGUGUUCUGUAUCCUAUGAAUGAUACAAAAUAAACUUUGACA